AUGCCCGACGACAUUUCACCCUUUUCCAUCAGAGUACCAGACACCGCCAUCGAGCAGCUAAAAGCGAAGCUCUCAGCGGCGUCAUUUACCGACCGUGUCGAGUUUUCCGACGAUUGGAACUAUGGCGCGCCUCUCAGUGACGUGAAACGCCUCGCCAAGCGGUGGGAAGACGGCUUCGACUGGCGAGAGCAAGAAGCUACCCUGAACCAGCUCCCUCAUUUCACGACGCCAAUCGAGGUCGACGGCUUCGGAAAGCUCAACAUUCAUUUUCUGCAUCAGCGUAGCAGUAACGCGAACAGCAUACCGCUCUUGUUUGUACACGGGUGGCCGGGCAGCUUUUUAGAAGUCGUCAAGCUCAUCCCGCUACUGACCGCGUCCAAAGGCAAGCCAUCUUUCCACGUAGUGGCGCCAUCUUUGCCAAACUUUGGUUUCUCCGAUGCUGUGCAGAAGCCUGGUUUCAGCACAACGCAAUAUGCAGAAACUGUGCACAAGUUGAUGCUAAAGCUCGGCUACACAAGUUAUGUCACGCAAGGCGGAGACUGGGGAUUCAUGAUUACCCGACUCGUUGGGGCAAAGUACCCCGAUCACUGCCUCGCGUCGCACGUCAACUUUGUGCGCAUCCACAGCCCGCCAACCUUUACGCAGUCACCACUUCUAUAUCUCUGGAAUUCCCUUACGCCCUACAAUUCCACCGACAAGGCCGGCCUCGCUCGCUCCGCCUGGUUCCGCAACGAAGGCUUCGGAUACAACGCGGAGCAGAGCACCAAGCCAUCCACUCUCGGCUUCGCCCUCGCAGAUUCGCCCGUCGCGCUGCUGGCCUGGAUCUACGAGAAGCUACAAGACUGGACCGACGACUAUGCAUGGGACGACGACGAAGUCCUGACCUGGGUCUCCAUCUACCAGUUCUCCAAGGCGGGACCCGCAGCAAGCGUGCGCAUCUACUACGAGACCAAGCAUGCGGAGGCAGACCAGUACGCGCAAGGCCUUCAGUAUGUCCCGCAAGUGAAGCUCGGCGUAUCUCUCUUUCCAAAGGACGUCGUGGUGCCCCCGAAACGCUGGGCACACAGCUUGGGUCCCGUAGUCUUUGCGGCCGUCCACAAGCAGGGUGGGCAUUUCGCGGCCCAUGAGCGGCCUGAACAGCUUGCCCGGGAUUUGCAGUCCAUGUUUGGCACUGCCGGCGGUGCGCACGACAUUGCGAAAAGAUUCGAUGCCUCGCUGUAG